AAAUGAUCCCGUUGUUUGUUUGCAAAUCGCCAUAAAACCAUAAAAGAAGAAGAAGCUGCGCACCAGAAAUAAAGAAGAGGUGAAGAAAACAGUUUGAUAUAAAGAUCUUUAAACACAAAGGUUUAUUUAAAACUAAGUUAUGUGUGACACAACAUUCAUUAAAGAGGAGAGUGAAGACAUGAGUGUUACAGACACCAGCACAAUGAAAAAUGAAGAUGAUGCAGAACAAAGAGACCUAAUGGAUUUUAAAGAAAAAACAGUUCUUUGUGGAAAGAGAUUAAGAAGUGAAGAGCAGCUUGUGAAGCACAUAAGAAUCCACACUGAAGAAAAGCCAUUCACCUGCCCUCAGUGUGGAAAAGUUUUAACAUACAAAUGUCAUCUAGAGGAACACAUGAGAAUACACACUGGAGAGCGGCCAUACCCAUGUGUUCAGUGUGGAAAGAGUUUUGCAAGAAAUAGUGUUCUUAAGAACCACAUGAAAAUUCACACGGGAGAAAAGCCGUAUGCAUGUGUUCAGUGUGGAAAGAGUUUCACAAGACAAAAUUUUCUUAAGAACCACAUAACAAUUCACACUGGAGAAAAGCCGUUUGAAUGUUUUCAGUGUGGAAAGUGUUUCACAUACAAAAAUGUUCUUAAGAACCACAUGAGAACUCACACUGGAGAACGUCCAUACAAAUGUGUUCAGUGUGGAAAGAGUUUCACACACGGAAGGAAUCUAGAUGCCCACAUGAGAAUUCACACUGGAGAAAAGCCAUACGCAUGUGUUCAGUGUGGAAAGAGUUUCACAUACAAAAGUCAAGUAGAGGCCCACAUGAGAAUUCACACUGGAGAACGUCCAUACACAUGUGUUCAGUGUGGAAAGUGUUUCACCCAAAAAGCUACUCUUACAAACCACAUGAGAACUCACACUGAUGAAAAGCCAUUCACAUGUGUUCAGUGUGGAAGGAGUUUCAAAUUCAAAAGAUAUCUAGAGGCCCACAUGAGAAUUCACACUGGAGAGCGGCCGUACGCAUGUGUUCAGUGUGGAAAGAGUUUCACAAACAAAAGUGUUCUUGAGAAACACAUGAGACUUCAUGCUGAAGAGAGAUCAUAACCAUGGGUCCCAUUGGCGUUUCUUUGUUUUGAAGUGGAGGGAACAGAGAUGACAAAAUAAUACUUUAAUAAAUUGUUUUUUGUAAAAACUCA